AUGGUUCUUGUAAAUGAUAAUGUGGAUGUGGAGAUACUGCAGGAUCAGGAACAACAGAUUACUAUAAAGCUGUUUUUUCAAGAAUGGGAUAAGUCACUUAUGGUAACCAUGGUCUAUGAAAAGUGUGAUCAUCUGGAAAGAAUCAGUUUAUGGGAUAGUCUGUAUAGUUUGUCUGAUCAAAUGGAAUUAACUUGGUUGGUAGGUGGUAGUGACUGUAUGUUCAAGAGACUGGAUAGAAUGAUUGCAAAUUCCAAACUACAAGAUUGGUUUGCACAUAUAGAGGUGCAACAUUUAUCCAGAACUGGCUCAGACCAUGCUCCUUUACUACUUACUUGUGGUGAAUCUUCACAUCACAUGAGGAAACCUUUUAGAUUUCUAAAAUUCUGGACAGAAUAUGAGUCCUUUUUGGAGGUGGUUAAUCAGGCAUGGAUCAUAGAUUUUGAAGGGGAUGAUUUUAUCAGAUUCAAGCUGAAAUUGAAAAAUGUAAAAUUUGCUUUAACUCCUUGGAGUAAGGAAACUUUUGGUGAUAUUUUCAAGCAACUACCAGUAAGGGAAGAGGUGGUGAGAAUUAAGGAGCAAUGUUUUGAAGAGGAUCUUGCUCCUGUGAAUAGGAUGGUGCUGCAGCAAGCACAAGCAUCAUUGAAAAAAUAUGUUCAUUAUGAGGAAGAAUUUUGGAGACAAAAGUCACAUAUGACUAGUUUUGCUGAGGGUGACAAAAAUACAAGGUACUUUCAUAGUAUUCUGAAUGGUAGGAGAAAAAUAUUGCAGAUCAGAAGAAUUCAGAAUCAACAAGGUGUUUGGAUAGAAGGGGAGUCACUUUUGGCAGAAGAAGCUUGUAGAUUUUAUCAACAGCAGUUUUCUCAAGAGGUUGACCCUUUAGAUUUUCAAUUACUACAACAUGUUCCUAGUAUGGUGGAUCAGGAUACUAAUGAUCAGCUAGUAAGCAUGCCAACAUUAGAGGAGGUGAAGAAGGUUGUAUUUGAAUUAUCUGCAUAUAGUGUUGGUGGCCCAGAUGGUAUGAUUGGAAUUUUUUAUCAGGUGUGUUGGGACAUUGGUGGCGCUGAUGCAUACAAUCUGGCGAAAGCCUUUUUUGAUGGCCAAACUCUUCCUAAGUCAGUCACACAUACCAACCUUGUACUGAUACCAAAGAAGAACAACAUUGAGACUUUUGCUGAUAUGAGACCAAUCAGUCUCAGCAAUUUCAUCAACAAGGUGAUUUCUAGAGUGGUUCAGGAUAAGUUGGAAGGAAUUCUACCUUCUCUGAUAUCUCCUAACCAGUCUGGAUUUGUAAAGGGCAGAUGUAUCAUUGAAAAUGUCCUACUAACUCAAGAAUUUAUGACUGACAUUAGACUAAGAGGAAAACCAGCUAAUGUGGUACUUAAGCUUGACAUGGCUAAAGCAUAUGAUAGAGUAUCAUGGAGUUAUUUGAUCAGAGUCUUAAGGAAGAUGGGAUUUGCAAAAAUUUUCAUAGACAUGGUUUGGAGGCUGAUAGCAAAUAACUGGUACUCUAUACUCCUUAAUGGUCAAGCACAUGGUUUCUUUCAUUCCACCAGGGGGGUUAAACAAGGAGAUCCUCUCUCUUCUGCCUUUUUCAUCUUGUCUGCUGAAGUUUUAUCUAGAACAUUGAGUUCUUUAUUUGAGAAUAAUGAAUUUAGAAGUUAUGGAAUGCCCAAAUGGAGUGCAAAUCUGAAUCAUCUAGCAUAUGCAGAUGACACAAUAAGUUUUUCAUCUGCUAAUGCUAGAUCUUUGGAGUUAAUUAUGGAGGUACUACAAGCAUAUGAGCAGUGGAAGGGAGGUUCUCAAAUAUGGAAGGCUAUAAUAGAGGCUAGAGAUAAUAUAGAGCAAGAAAUAUGGUGGGAACCAAGGAGAGGAACUGCACAUGUAUGGUUUGACAACUGUACAAAACUAGGGGCUCUAUACCACAUCAUACCAGAAGAUUUUGUAAUAGAUGAGGGUCUUCAAGAUGUAAAAGAACUAAUGAUGCAGGGUGGUUGGAAUUUAGGAAAAUUGCAGCAAUUGUUUCCUAUGGAUAUUUUGGAUCAUAUACUAGAAGAAUUGCACCUUCAUGAACCAAAAGAAGAGUGGGAUAUGCCAAGAUGGAUGAUGACAGCAUUAGGCAAAUUUACUAUAGGCACUGCAUGGGAUUUACUGAGGAGCAAAGCAGUCAAGUCAGAUGUCUAUAACAAUAUAUGGAUAUCAGGGGUACCUUUUAAGAUAUCUUUUUUUUUUUGGAGGUUGUGGAAGUACAAAAUACCAGUUGGAGAGGUAGUAAGAAGGAUUGGUAUAGAUACUGAGUCAACCUGCUAUUGCUGUGAUCACAUGCAAUAUGAAACUGUGGACCAUUUGUUUGUUACAGGAAAUAUUGCUACAAAAGUGUGGACUUAUGUUAAAACUGUUGCUGGCAUCACAACACAGUUUCAACAAGUCAGAUAUCGAAGUGGAGGAAUACAGUUCUACAUGGAGGGAGGAUGUCCAUCAACAAAGACAAGAAUUGUAAGCAGGAUAGUGAAAUGGGACUUUCCUAAGCCAGGAUGGUAUAAAUGUAAUUCUGAUGGAGCUUCUAGGGGAAAUCCUAGACCAAGUUCUAUGGCCUUUUGUAUUAGAAAUGCAGUAGGUGAUCUCUAUCUGCUACCAGUGGUGUUGCAAACAGAUUCAAUGACUAUGAAAAUGAUCUUAACUGGGCAGUGGGAGACUCCAUGGAUCAUAUCAAUGAUCAUAAAUGAUAUCUCAAUGUUGAAGAGGGAUAAGGAAGUGAGGGUGGAGCAUGUUUUGAGAGAAGGAAAUGGACUGGCUGAUUUUUUAACUAACUAUGCUUUUGAUUUUGCAGGUGAUCAUCAUUUUCAGAAUUUUACUUCACUUCCUGUGAAAGAGUACAAGAGUGGUAUUAGCUUCAAGUCAAGCUCAUUCUCUUGUAUGACUUCUAAAGAUUGUUUCAGUCAGGCAAUUUGA